CUCAAACGGGGCAGAAUGUCUUCCAAAGAUACAUGUGGGAAACGCCAUCAUCCUGUGGCCAGCCUUUGCAGGAAGCUCCAAACUAUCAACAUGAUGGACCAAGCUUCGAAUCCUGCCUUGCAGAUUCCAAAAUUCCAAUCCAAAAACUUUGACAGUCCACAGAGUAACACAAAGAAGAACCUGGAGGAGAUCUUGAAGAAGAGGACAUUAAAAAGCAGCAGAUGGAAGAUGGCAAUGGACAACAGAGACAAUGACGACUCGGAUGUAAGUCUGAUUUGUGAAAGAAGACCUACUGACUACUAUGUUUUCUGCAUGUGCGUGGAAAGAAGAGGCAAAGUUGCUGUUUCUAAAUUAGUUGACUUCCUGAGAACACGACAAGUCCGGAGUUCAGAAGAUAGUGGCCUUGAAGAUUUGUGCAACAUGCUUGAUCCUGAUCAUAGGGAUAUAUCUAUGGACUUGGAGACCUACCAUGCCAUCAUGAAAGAAUGGAUUGAAGAUUGCAAAGAAACUGAUACCUGGAACUACACUCCCCCCUCCCUUUUUUUCAGGAAUGAGGUACCCAACAAGGAGGCAACCCCUGAAAAUAAUUUCUCAGCGAAAAGGUUGAACAUAACUUCUGGAAGCCUAGAAGCACUUGGCGGUGAUGUGUCAAGAGGAGAUUUAGAAACGUCUGACUUGAUUACUUGCGUGGCCGAUCUCCAGUUCAACAACCAGAAACUUCAAGAGGAAAAUGACCAGUUGAAGCUGGCACUGGAUGCCACGGAGGAGACCAAUAACAGACUGGUGGAAGACAGCGGGGAACUGCGGAAUCAGAUAAAAAGCUUCCAGCAGUCUGCAAGUCAAGUGAAAACAUUAAAAGAGGAACUGGAAGAAGUGAAGAACAUUCUGGGCACUUCUGAAGAAAAGAGGCAGUUGAUGACAAUCCAGAAUAAGCAGCUUGAAAAAGAGAAUCAGUCCCUCAUUCUUAAGAUAUCUGCUCUUCAAGAGGAGAACAUUAGAAAUGCUCUUGAUUCAGAUGGCCUCCAGCAGAGGAUUGAGGAGCUGUCGCAGAAUAUUAGUGAACUCCAAAUACAAACACAUCUUUAUGAAAGCACGGUGAGAAAUAAAGACACAGCACUCCUUAAGAAGGAGCUGAAUAUACAAGAACUAAACUCUGCCUUGAAGGAAUACACGUUAGUGAUAGAGACACUACGCGUAGAGAAAAAUAAAUUGUUGAACAACGUUCAGCAGAUGCAGCAAGAACUGAUCUCGAAUGGUAUCAACUUCCCCCUAAUCUACAAGUUCAACAGCAGCUUCCUGGAAGCUACCAAUUCAUUGCACUGCGAACUGGAGCUGGCCCAGGAACCAUCAGAGAUCCCUGGAAUUGAGUGGACGGCGCUUGAUGAAUCCCUGGACAGAGAAGUUUUAUUGCUUCUUGAAGGGCCAGAGCGAGUAGGAGAAAAGUUCAAGGCCACCAUUUUAAACCUGCGAGAAGAACUUUCUCAAGUUGAAGAUUUAGCAGGGCUGCCUUUGCUGAACCCAACAGACUGUGAAUUGGAUCUGCAAGAAACUUACCAGAAGACCUUGGUGGACCUCAAGAAAACUCUGGAGAAUAAAAGAACCCUAUGGCUCCAGAAACUAAAUUUUUUGGAAGCUCAGAAGGAAUCCCUGGAUAAGGAGCUCAUUAAAAUGGCGGGAAACAUGCGGAGGAUGAGAACGGAGCAGCUACAUUUAAAGAAAAUGCUUUUGUCCAGACAACAUGAGAUCCAGUCCACCAACCAGCUCAAAGAAGAAGCUUUGGCAGAAGCAGACGUCUUAAGAUUGAAAUUGCAAGAGCUAAGUGAACAAUUGGAGGAAGCUGGGAAGAGGGUUAAGGAUCGCGAGAGUGACUUUCACGCUGCCCACGGGGAAGUAGGAUCUUUACAGAAGAAGCUAGAAGAAAGCGCUGCCGAGCAAGGAAGACUCCGGGGUAGAAAUACAGAUUUAACGCAAACUUGCCAACAGCUGGAAUGGCAACUUAAGGAACAAAGUACUGCUCUGGAGUCACUCAAGGAGAAGUAUUUAAGAAGACUGUUCUGUGGUGUACUUUGUCAGAGGUGUGCGUUUGAUCGUGAUGAGAGCCCUUCGUCCUGCUCGAGCGUCAACGGAGAGAUAAGGACAGAAGAGGAGGAAACGUGUUGCUAUCAAAGACUAGGAACCCAGCUGUCCUGGCCUUGGAGCACGUGCUGGUCCACGCAAGAUAUUUUACUGCUAGAAGCAUUGUGCCUUGAUUCUCUGCAACUGGUUCAAAGACGCUCUCUGCCCAGGACUGUUGAAAAUUCUCAAAUAUUGUUGAUAUUUGGGAAACAAGGCUUAAGAAAUGGAACCACCUCAGAUGUGAUAUUGGAUGAAUACAAGUCUAAUCUCCAUUCAGUUGGCAACCAGACGGAUGCAGACCUCGUCCUGGGAAUAAGGAUGGAGGGUGACACUCCCAAGGUGGGUAAUGCUGGAGCUUUAACAGACACCUUAUUCAGUGAACUAAUUUCAUCCGAAGAAGCUUCUGUCUCUGCCGCAGAGGACAUUAAAGAAUCACAAGAUACAGACUCUCCACUACCGGAACCGGAGGGGAAAAUAGACCUCUCUACUUUACCGUUGGAGGAAGCAACUGUUGCUGCAAAAGAGGAAGCUAUAGAAAAUGCCUCCAGCAACAAGACUGGUGGCGCAUCUUCAUGUCAGGAUUUGUCAAGCAGUCUCGCAUGCCAAAAGAACCAGGAUAAUGCAUCUCCCAACGAGAAAGAAGUGGAGGCAGAAUUUCUGCGGCUGUCUCUUGGAUUCAAAUGUGACCUCUUCACUUUAGAAAAGAGAGUUAGACUUGAAGAACGAUCUCGGGAUCUCGCAGAAGGGUGCCUGAGGAAAGAAAUUGCUGGCACCUUGAAACUACUUGAUUCGUUAGCCUCUCUAAGUGAAGAUAACCAGGUGCAGGAGAUAGUGAAGAAGCUGCAGAAGAAUCUGGACCUGCUGAAUCAUCAUGCCACCAGAAUCGCCAGCAAAGCAGAAAUGCUGGGAGCUGUUCAUCAGGAAAGCCGGGUCAGUAAGGCAGUAGAAGUGAUGAUUCAGCACGUGGAGAACUUAAAGCGUACAUACGCAAGAGAACACGCAGAAUUGGAAGAGCUGAAAGAGCUAUUACUCCAGAAUGAGAAGUCCUUCAGCUCUUUGGGGGACCGAGAUGACUCUUCAAUUAAAAAACUCUCUGGUUCCCUCAAGCCUUCAUCACUACGCAGAGUUAGCACUGCACCCAUGCCUAGGAACAGUAAUGGAAAUGCAAUCACUUUUUUGCAACUGGCGCAGAUGAACGAAGCGGAUGGAAACAACCGGAAUGAAAAAUUCAACAGGCGCUCGAGUUGGAGUGUCAGAGGAACCAAACAAGGAGAAAAACGGCCCUCGUUACAGCGCCUCAUCAGCUCAACAUCCUGGACAGAGUCGGAGGAAGAACAACUCGAAUUAGAGGCUUCUCUUCAGGAACCGGCAGCUCCGGAGAUCCAGGGAGGUAAAGGACGAAAGUUGAGCGAAAAGGAAGCCAACACGACAAAAUGGAGCCUACGCUCACUGUGUACGAGAGUGUCUUCUUGGGCUCUUAGGACUUUCUUCUCCGGGAUUAGCAAAGCCCUCUGCGUCUCCGUCUUUGCCGUUGUGCUCUUUGCCAUCCUGAUAACUUUUGUCAUGGGAUUUUCCUUCCAUCAACCUGUGGAGGCCUCCCCCGAGGGCACUGGGACCGCUUGGACCUCUGUACAGAAAUUCUUGUGGCCAUACACGCGUCUCCUCCACCACGGACCCCCGCCUGUAUAAUUCAGCAGUAUUCAGAAUGGGUUUUGUUUUGUUUUUCUCUACUGCAUCCUUAAGGUGGGUGGACUUCAGCUCCCAGAAUUCCCCUGGCCGGCUGGGGAAUUUUGGGAGUUGAAGUCCACCCACCUUAGAGUUUGCCAAGGCUGGGAAACAAAACCCUCUUCUGGAGUCUGUUCAGCAUGUAGUCUUAAAUUGAAUAAUCAAGCAAUUUAGGUUUAUCCCAUUUUAAAUGUCUGACUGUAGAGAAAAUGCAAUUUUAAUGCAUCAUCUAAUAUUUCUGUUAAUAAUUCGGGACCAUGCCAUUCAGAAACAAAAUACGAUUCAUUCUUUUCCAGCCAAGGAAGUGGAUCUUCUGAACGAUUGCAACGCCUUAUUGUUUUUAAUUUUGUCCAUCGUUCUCUCCCCUCCCACCAACCCACCCCAAAUCUCACCAAAGAGCUUAUAGAAACAAAAUAUAUAUAUUUUUUAAAAAAAACAAAUUUCAGGGCCCGUAGUCUAUCCAUAAAUGGCUUAUUUAUUUUUUCCUUUCUUUUUUUUAAAAAAUGUCUGAAGCGUGAUUUCUUCCACCUCUUAGUUGACUGGAGUGUCUUUCAACUCUAAUAAAGUUCUUAAAAAGCGGC